AUGUCGACUAUUGUGCGGAAACGGGGACGUACCAAUUCGUCUGAGGCACAAUCUGGGCGGUGGUCCCACGGAGCUCGGCCAGACCCUUCUAAUCGUGACAGAGAAACCAUUCAGCGUCUAGUGGAAUCAAUCCUGAAAGAUUGGCAAUCAGCCCAGGAGUUGCUGGAUGGCCAAAUAAUAAGCACCAUUCUCCGACUUGUUCGGCCCAUCCUCAUGGCCCAACCCAUGCUGGUUCGACUGCAGGCUCCGAUCAACGUCUGUGGAGACAUUCAUGGCCAAAUUGGUGAUCUUGUAGAGAUAUUCCGUGCCGGUGGGAUGCCUCCCGCAACGAACUACCUGUUUUUAGGCGAUUACGUAGAUCGUGGGAAGCAUGGGACGGAGGUGAUUGUUGUGCUUCUGGGAUUGAAGAUCCUGUACCCUGACGGCAUGUGUGUUCUUCGUGGCAAUCAUGAAUCCGACAGCAUCUGCAGGAUAUACGGUUUCUUUGAUGAGGUGAAGCGGCGUUUUUCAGUGAAACUAUUCAAGGAGUUCACUGAUGUGUUCAAUUGUUUGCCGAUUGCUGCGCUCAUUGAUGACAUUGCACUCUGCAUGCACGGUGGUCUGAGCCCGGACCUACGCAACUUACGACAGAUUGAGAGGAUCGAGCGCCCACUUAUCGUUCCUGACACCGGACUUGCGUGUGAUCUGCUCUGGGCUGAUCCCGAGGAGGCGGGAAGUGGUUGGAUGGAGAGUGAGCGCGGUGUCAGCUACACGUUUGGGGAAGACAUCGUUAAGGAAACAUGUGAAAGGCUUGAUAUUGACGUUGUUCUCCGCGCUCACCAGGUUGUUGAUAAAGGUUACCAAUUUUUUGCGGGACGGCAGCUUGUAACCAUUUUCAGCGCCUCGAAUUACUGCGGUGAGUUUACUAACAGCGGUGCUAUGAUGAUUAUGGACGAAAACUGUAAGUGCCGCUUUGAGAUAUUUAGACCACAAUACGAUUAA